AUGCAAAUUUUAAGAAUUUAAUUAUACCAUUAUUAAAUUAUAAUUGUAAAAAAAACAUGAUCUUGUUUUUAAAAAGACUAAUUAAAAAUUCCAAAUGUAUAAAACAUUUAAAAAAUGAAAAGUAUAUUAAAAAGGUUGUUUUAUAAGCUUCAAAAGCUUUUUUUGUAUUGAAUACAUACUAGGAAGUAUAUAAAUCUUACACCUAUUUGCACACUAUAGCAGAAAAACAGUUAGUAAUUAUACAUUUGUGUAUUUGAAAUAUACAUGUAUACAUAUUUCGAGACUGCUUGGAAGAUCUCUUAUCAUAUACAUUUUUCUAACAUAACAAGAAUGCCAGGAAUUCUUGUAAUCUCAUCUAAGCACAAGGCAUAAGAAAUCUUCAAUUUCAUCAUCUAUAAAAUUUGCUUUUCAAAUGAAAUCAAUCAUCCAUUUUUCAAAGCAAUCUGUUAGCAAGAAAAUUAACGAAGGUGUAUGAGAUAUAUGAUUGAUUAUGUAGGAUAAAUACAUUCAUUAUUAUACUUCAUACAACAUUUGGUCAAUAUAUAAUAACAUAUGCGCGUUACAUCAUAUUGUUGUAAUAAUAAUAUAAGCAUCCCACCUAAGGUGAAAAAAAAAAUAUAUAAUAAUUUAUGAUUUUCAUACAUACUCGGUUUACUAUAGGUAUGUAGAAUAUAUGAUAAAAUAGUACAUUGUAUGAAUUGCAUACAACUUGAUUUUUGAAUAUAUUUGAGAUCAGCGUAUGUUUAAAAGUUUCGAUAAAUCAUGUAACUGCCAUGACUAAAUAUGUAUUUUAAUUUUUUUUUUUUUUGAAUGGGUGAUGUAUUUUAAGUUCAAAUGGGAAAUUACAAAUAAACACAUAAUAUGCGACGCCUGACUUUAUUAAAAACAUUUAUGCACGAUGCACGACGUGUUGAUGUGGAUUUCGUUCGUUCGAAUAAAUAAUUAAUCUGCCAAUCGGUUCUUACUGAUACAAAGGUGAUUUAUAAAAAAGUGAUGUUAUCGAAUGUUUCAUAAAUAUGAUACGUCGUUAAUUGUUAUGAUAUUUAGUUCAUCAAAACUUAAAAAAAAAAGAGGAAUAUUGUCACGAACAGUAGUUAAUGUAAUUAUUAUUAUUAUACUGUACGUAUAUAUUUUAAUAUGCGUAAAUAACAAAUGUAUUGAUAUUUAAGAAUUCGUUCGAUUUUCAUUUCAAACGUUAGACUAUAUCAUGCUAGACUAUAAUUCUGUGCUCAUGUUAGAAACGAGUUAGGAAAUAUGAAAUACUAAUCGAACGAGUAUCAGUUCUUGUUUUCUUGUCUUUUUAUAACGUCCACGAAUCGGGAUUCAAGAAAAUAAACUAUUGAGUGAUAGAUAAAUCGUUCGUUGUGUUAAAUAUUCACAUGCAAUAAAAAAGAACAAGCAUUCGACGCAAAUUACAUCGUAGAGCUAGGAUGAAUUUAAUACAUGAUAAUUGUAAGAUAGCGUAUCUUUAGAAUGUUGCUUUGUGAGUGAACUUAUUAGUACUAAUAACUUAGCAUGUUUACUGGUCUCUCGAUAAAAUAUAUAAGUAGUGUGCACUUAUUCGAACAUAACAUUAGAAUGUUUUGUUUUCAAAUCAUCGCAGAAAAAGUUUGUUAUGUCAUUCGAACAGAUCAACAAAUACUUGUUGGCUAUUUUAAAGGGCUUCUAAUAACGUAAAAAUAUUUUCUAUUUUACUGGGAGGGAUAUAAUUCGUACACAGUGGCGGGAUUCAAAUUUCCUCACCCACUCUGUCAAUAGUUUAUUUUCUUAAUUGAUGCACUUACUCUUCGAUAGAUAAAAUAAUAGAUUUUAGAAGAUAAAUGUAUUUCAUACGACACAUAAUUAAUAGAUAUUCUUAAGAAACGAAACGUGUCAUUAAAUAUGUAUAAAACAAGUGCAAUAUUAAAGUACAAAACUCGAUAUUUCUUUUGAAUUUUGUAUAUUUUACAAAAAAAAGGGCAAGGAAAAAAGUAUGUGAAUAGAUUUUUUCGACACUUUAAAUUAUUAACUGUAAGAAUUUCGAAAAUGUUUUAUCAUCAAAAUCUUUAACGAGUCUUAAGACCCCCUACAGUCCCUGAUUACGUACUUAUAAUAGCGUUGAAGUUUUUAAUAUUAUACAAUUUUGUAAUCACUUUAAUCAUUAUCUUAAAUUUUGUAUGAUCGAAUUUCUGUAUUCGAACGACGAACUCCAUAUCGUUGUGGAUCGCUAUAUAACAAUAGAUAUUAAGUAGCUCCAGUAGUAGUCUGAUUGAUCUUUGGCAUAAUUUUAGAGUAAAUGUACAUAUAACUAUUUUCCAAGAAAAUACUCAUUGUUAAAUGUAUAUGAAGGGAAACUGUUAUAGAUAAGGCUAUUAUCGUCAUUUAUAUUAAUUGAGAUAAUAAACAACGUUUCGAUUAAACGAGCUCCUCAGACUGACAUCUGAAAUGACCCAGUUUUGACUCCCUUUAAUUCUAUUUUCUUUUUAAAUUAGCACAAGACUAAACAAUUAUUAAAAUAAUGGUUUGAUAAACAUUCAUUUCAAAAAGAUCGCCAUGAAUUAAAUUUUUUUAAAUUCGAUCCUAGCGCCAUCUCUUCAAAAGUGGCUCAAACUACUCAACGACUUACCGAUCGAUUUUCCUAACAAGGGAACACUAGCGCCGACUAUCGGAGAACAGCGGAAACUACGGUAAGUCGGUAAGUAGCUUCAGUAACUUGUCGAGUAGUUUCAGCCGAUUUCGUAUAGAUGGAGAUAGGAUAGAAUUUUAAAAAAUUUAAUUUACGGCGGUCUUUUUGAAAUGCAAGUUUGUCAAAAAAUUAUUUUGAUAAUUUUUCAAAUCUGCGCUGAUUUAAAAAGAAAAUAGAAUGAAAGGAUUGUAUCUUUUUAAUUGUAAACUGGUAAAGCAAGCACGAUUGUCAUAUCGACUUUGGUCUGUACAUGCGAUCCUAACCACACUUGGUGGUAUCAGGGACCCCCACUAUUAUGACAUUUGACUUUAAUUAAAUCUUACGUAGAUUUUUAAAUAAUUAUGUUGCUACAUAAAGGAAAUAAAAUUAUGGAUCCUUCUUUAAUUGUGUACUAUUUAUUACUUGUAUAAAGUCUCUAUUUUCAAUUGCAUAUCAAAUUUUAGAACGAUUAUUUACUAUCAAACGUUGAUUUUGCGCAUAAUAUUGGAUGUCUUUGAAAGUCGUUUUUAUAUUUAUAAAUAGAUUAUACGUAAGAAAUGUGUUGAAUUGUAAAUACAUUACAUUUUGUAUAUCUUUUUUAAUUUGCUUACUAAUGUAAAUUUGAUUUUAAUAACCAGAUUAACUACAUGUAUGUUCAUGAUAUUAAGGAUACAUGAACUCUAUUUCUUCAUAUAAUCAUGCUUUUCACAUUUUAUUUUUUGCACAUGUACAUUUUUGCAGUUUAAAGUAUUAAGAAUUGCAAAACAAUUGUUUUACCUUCACAUUAAGGCAUAUUUUUUAUAUAGCCAUUUAAAUGUAAAGCAUAUAAAGCAGAAAAAAAUGAGUGCUUUGUUAAAAAGAAAUGAUAAUAAUUCAGAUCAUGCUAUAGCAGGGGCUGCUAGUGGUUUUAUAACAAGGUUUUGUUGUCAACCUUUAGAUGUUAUAAAAAUUAGAUUUCAGUUACAAGUUGAACCAAUUACUGAUCAUCAUGUUAGUAAAUACCAGUCUUUAGUUCAAGCAUUUUAUUUAAUAACUAAAGAAGAAGGUCUUUUUGCACUUUGGAAAGGACAUGUUCCUGCACAAUUACUUUCUAUUGUAUAUGGAAUGAGUCAGUUCUAUUCAUUUCAUAUGUUCAUGAAAGUAACAGACAGUUUUCCACCAUUGAAUGAAUGGAUAUAUUCAACAAAAUUUGUAGCUGGAGCAGGUGCUGGUUUGGUUGCUACAGUUAUAUCAUUUCCUUUUGACACCAUAAGAACUAGAUUAGUGGCACAAUCAAGUAAGCAUCAAGUAUAUAAGGGAAUUUUUCAUUCUUGCAGUUGUAUUGUGCGACAUGAAUCUCCAAGGGUCUUCUUUUAUGGAUUACUACCAUCAUUAUUGCAAAUUGCACCACAUACUGGGUUGCAAUUUGCAUUUUAUGGAUUUUUUACUGAUAUUUAUAAAAAAUAUUAUAAUGAAACAGAUAAUAAUUUUUAUAACUCUAUGAUGUCAGGUAGUGCAGCUGGGUUAUUAGCUAAAACUGCAAUAUAUCCACUUGAUCUUAGUAGAAAAAGAUUACAAAUACAAGGGUUUAAGCAUGGUAGAACAGGUUUUGGCACAUUUUUUGAGUGCAAGGGUCUUAUAGAUUGUUUAAAAGUUACAUUUAAGAAAGAGGGAGUAAAAGGGCUGUUUAAAGGUUUAGUACCAAGUCAAUUAAAAGCAGCUGCAACAACUGCAUUGCAUUUUACCGCAUAUGAACAAAGUUUAGUAGCAAUACAAGCAUUAAGAUCAUAUGUUUCCAAAAAGUAGUCAUAAUAUUGAUGAAUAAUAGUACAAUAUUAGAAUAUAUUAUUGAUUGUUAUAUGUACAAAUUUAUGUAUAUAUGUUAAUAUAACUUGCAUUUGUACAAAAAACUAAAUUAUAUAGAUAAACAAAGACAUAUAUACAAAACUAAUUUAUUUUUUGUAUAUAUUCCAAUAUGUAUUUAGUAGAUUGAUUAAUUUUUAUACUUAAGAAUACACUUUGUAUUUAUAGUUGUAGUGGAGAAGGCAUUUCAUUUGGUUUUCCUUGCAAGACCGCAAUUAUAUUUUUAGCGGUAAUUUUUGACAUUUCCUCUCGUGUUUCUGUAGCAGCACUACCAAUAUGGGGUAGUAUCACUAUAAUAGAAAAAAUUAAUCAGUUUAAUCAUGAAUUCAUUGAUGUUUCAGUUUCAUACUUACCACAAUUAUCUAAAGUCAGUAAUUCACUGUUUAAUGGAAUUGGUUCAGGAGUCAUAACAUCUAAGCCUGCAGCUCUAAUGGUUCCAUUUUUUAAAGCUUCUACUAGAGCAGGUUGAUCAACAACCUCGCCUCUACUAAUAUUUAUAAAUAUAGCAGAUCUUUUCAUUUUAUGAAAUGUACUUUUAUUAAACAUCUGCUUUGUUUCUGAUGUUAGAGCUGUUGUGACAAUUACAAAGUCACUGUUUUGUAACAGUGCAUCAAAUUCUACUUUCUCCCCUCCAAAUUCAGAUGCUUCUGGCUUAAUAGUUCUACUUGUAUAUAAUAUUUUGGCAACAUUAAAGCCUUUGACACAUUUUGCUACUUGUCUACCAAUGCGACCUAAUCCUACUAUUCCAACUGUAGAUCCAGAUAAACCAGGACCACACAUCCAAGUCGGUGACCAUGCUUUCCAUUCACCCCUAUGAAUCAUAUUUUAAACAAGAAUAUUUAAACAAGAAAAUUUAAUAUUUAUUAAAGAUAUAUUCUGUUUCAUACUUGUAAAUAGCUCUGUUUGCUUCUAUUAAUCUUCUAGAUGUAGCUAAAAGUAAUCCCAUAGUUAAUUCAGCUGUUGCAUCAGUUAAAAUGCCAGGAGUGUAACCAACUUUAAUAUUCCUUUGUUUUAAAGCCUUUAAAUCCAAAUGAUCAACACCAACUGACAUAGAUGCAACAACUUUUAAUUGUGGACCUGCUGCUUCUAGAACUUCAUUGUCUAUUUUGUCAGUUAGUAGACAAUAAACACCAUCUACAUUUUGUAUUUUUGAUAGUAAUACAGAUCUAGGAAUUGGUUCAGGUUUUUCCCAUAAAAUAACAUCAUAUCUGAAAUCAAAUAGGAAAAGUAUUAAAAUCAAUGCAACAAUGAAAUUUGAUGUAUUUUUUUGAUAAGUUUAAGAUAUAAGAAUAAAACACUUAUUUAAAUAUUUAGCAAAUAUUAACAUAUUGUAUUUAUGUACAGCACGUGUAUGAUUUGUGUAUGUAUAUGUGUAAAUGUAACUAAAUAAAAAAUGAUUAAGACGAAGAAAAAAUAGUACUUACUGUUCUUUAAGCAAAUUUAAUCCGGUAGUUGGAAUAUCUGGACGUGUAACUAAAACUUUUGGUCGACUCAUUUUUAUUGAAUUAAUAGCCGUGGAAAACUUCGAACUGUUACGGGUAAA